AUGGAGAAAGUAUCACGUGGUGGAGCACCCCAAGUUCUGAGGAAGGAGAAGAAGAAGCAGGCGAAAGAUGAACUUGAUCGCUUGAAGCAAGCUGAGAAGAAAACAAGGCGCUUAGAGAAAGCACUCGCAACUUCGGCAGCCAUUCGGUCUGAACUGGAGAAGAAGAAACAAAAGAAGAAAGAAGAACAGGAACAGGAACGGCUAGAUGAGGAAGGUGCUGCAAUAGCAGAAGCUGUUGCUCUUCAUGUCCUUCUGGGGGAAGAUGCAGAUGAAUCAUGUCAGGUCAUGCUGAAGAACAGCAAGAGAUUCAAUUCUUUGGACCAUUCCAGCAACUCUGGCCUUUUCUUUGGAUAUCAGAGCAUUGCAAAUUAUUCUGCAGAAGGACUGGGAUGGUUAUCUGCUUCCUAUAGCCCUUGGUGCACAUGGAGUUACUUGGGGAGUGGACGGUCACUGUCACCUGCAGUGCAUGUAAAAGAUUUGCAAUUACCUUAUCACGAAAAUAGGGGCCAAGGAGCAGAUAUCUCAGCAGGGUUCAUAGCAGCACAGGCUGUCUCAUCACUGCAGAUAGCAGAAAAUUUGCCCAAGGAUUCAAUUUCUGGUCAGAGAGCUGCAACCAUCAUAAAUACGAUGUUGGGAGGGAAUAAUUUGCAUGACAAAGUCAAUCUCUAUAAUGUUUUCUAA